UGGUGGGAGAAUGUCCAGGCUCAGAAUUGCAUGAUCUGUUGCCUGUGCUCCUGCUCUCUUGAAACGUUGUGGGAUCUCUCCUAGGGCCGCGAUGGCAGAGCAGUCGGGAGAGAAGGUGAAAUACUAUACUUUGGAGGAGAUCCAGAAGCACAACCACAGCAAGAGCACCUGGCUCAUCCUGCAUCACAAAGUCUACGACUUGACCAAAUUCCUGGAGGAGCAUCCUGGUGGAGAAGAAGUUCUAAGGGAGCAAGCUGGAGGUGAUGCAACUGAAAACUUUGAGGAUGUUGGGCAUUCUACAGAUGCCCGAGAACUAUCCAAGACAUAUAUCAUUGGAGAACUUCAUCCAGAUGACAGAGACAAAAUAAAGAAACCUUCAGAUUCUCUUAUUACUACCAUUGAUAAUAACAACAGUUGGUGGACCAGUUGGGUGAUCCCAGCAGUCUCUGCACUUGUUGUGGCCUUGAUGUAUCGCUUCUACAUGUCAGAGUACUAAUCACAUUUUUUAAAAAGCCAAUAAAAGAAGAGACUGACUUAAACCAGGAAAAAAGAAGCCAGUUGUCACUGUCUACUUUGCCUGACAGAAACCAACUUCUUUUGCAAAGAAAUUUUAAUGUGUCCAUUUUCUACCCCUUUAAAUUCCCUGACAUCUAAAAAAGUGAACUAUCCUUCUGUACACUUUUUAGAGUGUGCCUUUUCAUUCAAACUAUUUUCAAAGUUCAGUGCUUUUAUCACUAUUCUUUAUAUAACAAAAGCAGCUGCUAUAAUUACUGUAUAGCCUUUAUAAUUUUCUGCAUCUAUUUGUGUUUGUACAAAAUCAAUCUUUGAUGCUUAAAAGCUUUUAAAAUAAGUCCUUCAACAGACUUCUUGUUUAGACCCAAGUAGUAAAUGUUGAUGCUUGGCUCUAAGGAUGUUUUUGGCUUCUGUCUUCUAUGAGAUUUCCUCUAAUAGAAUUAUCCAUUGUGACACUGCUUUUAGAUCAGUUUCCUUUUCUGGAAGUUAAAAAGGCCAGUGGUCAUAAUUUAAAUGCUUCUAAUGACUUCUGGUAUAAAUAAAAAUGGUAAGAAGGGAAAAUGUCCAGAAGAAACUGACAUUGAUCAAGGAAUAGAUUGCAUCUAUCCAUUAAACAAGACUUGUUUCUCCUUCCCCAAUUCUCAAUCUAGAAUUAACCCUCUGUUUUGGAGUGGGGUGGAGGGAUGGAGAAUCUUCUUUUGAGAUUACUAUUUGGGAUACAUAAUCCUUGUUAGCAUUCACUCCUUUUAGGAGAGCUGCUGAAUCUUUAAUUUUUAUUAAGAAGAACAGAAAGACAUUCUUUGUAUGCUGGUUUUUUCUUUUUUAAAGGAACUAACUGCUGCAUAAUGAAUGACAAAUUAUGUUCCUGUGGAUCCAUUUUUUUCCCCUUUGAGAACUCUUUUGACUUCUUCCAUUUUGUCUGUAGCUUUAUUCUCUGGUCUUUACUUUCUCUUGUCUUGGAAAGGUUAGUUGUUUGAUGACAUGGAGGGGGAGUGAAUCUAUUUAAAAUGUAAGCUGUCAUAAUGAACUGUGAUCAUGCAUCUUCCCUUUUAUAUGUCAGUCAAGCAGUAUGCACAUGAAAACCAUUAAGGACACAUUAAAAAGACUGAUUUUUUCCUCAAAAAAAAUUCUACUGAUAUCAAUUGUAUAAUCAUUAUUAUGUCUACUACCCUACUUUCCUCACUUCACACACACAUAUAAUAUACACCAGAGCCUAAUGUGAUUAGGGAGAAAGACUCACUAUUUCAACCAUAACUGAAAUAGAAUGAAAGUGGGUUAGGAGAGGUGGGAAAAGGUGAACUGUGGUGCCAGAAAUACAAAAUUACCUUGCAGAGAAGUCUUUUGUUAAAAUUCUGAAUAAACAUGUGCCUGAACAAAUCGAA